AUGGAAUUGAAUUACGAUAACCUACUAAGAGUGCUAACCUUAGCUAAUGAUUCUGAGAGAAAUUCAUAUCAGCAGGAUGCAGAGUCUCAAUUGAAAUCGUGGGAAUCGCAUCCAGGUUACCAUUAUUUGCUACAGGACAUCUACUUGAAGACUGAACUACCAUUACAGAUAAGAUGGUUAGCUAUUAUAUGUUUUAAGAAUGGUAUCGAAAAAUAUUGGAGGUCUUCGAGAUCAAAUGCAAUUAGCAAAGAGGAGAAAGCACAAAUUAGAGCAAAACUUUUUUGCGUCCUUCAUGAAAAGAAUAAUCAACUAACUAUUCAAAAUGCACAUUCGACUGCACGUAUUGUAAGAUUUGACUUCCCUGGUGAAUGGCCUUCGCUAUUUGAUGAUAUAGCUAAGAAUUUGGAAGAGUUUGUCUUCCAAAAAAAUGACCUUAUAUCAACUAACAAUUUACUCAUCAUAUUGAAUCAAAUCAUCAAAACUGUAUCUAUGGUUAGAAUCGGAAGAGCAAGACAUGCAAUGCAGAGUAAGGCGCCAAUAAUAGUGCCCAUGUUAAUUAAGUUAUACUUAAAAUUCUUCCUGGAGUUCACGAGUACAUUAAAUUUAGGUUUAAUGGAGAUCUGUUAUCUCUGCUUGAAAAAUUUGAGAAGACUUAUACCUGAGGGGUUCGAACAACCUCAUAAGAACCAAGACAUUGUAGAGUUUUUGAAAAUUACUGUGGAGCAUUUGCAAGCAUUAAUCAUGGAGCAUGAAAAAUACUCGUCAGACCUAUUGGAAAAAUACGGUAAGUGCUAUAGCAAAUUGUAUGUAAACUUGAUUAAUAAUAAUCCAACAAGUUUCAUAUUAUUGCCUUGUUCUCAGGAUAUAAUGUCUACCUUUUUAUCUUUAUUGGAGCUGAAGGCCCAAGAUAUUUAUAAUAGUAAUGAAGAAAAUGACUUUUGGGAAACUCUUGCAUUAAAGGGUUUCACUAUUUUGAAAAAAAUGAUAACAUAUAUUUAUAAAAAAGGAGCUAUUACUUUGAAACAAAGAAAUGAUAAAGAAGAAGUUCAAAAUGCUAUUAAUAAACUUUCUCAAAAGUUCUUUACUACAAACGUAGUUCAACAUUUAUGUGACUUGAUUAUAAAUUGGUAUCUCAGAUUGAAACCUUCGGAUUUAGAGAGUUGGCUUUUAGAGCCAGAAGAGUGGUGCAAUGAAGAAUUGUCUUCGAGUUGGGAGUUCCAGAUAAGACCAUGUGCAGAGAACUUCUAUCAGGACUUGAUAAAGUAUUUCAAAGAUGACUUAUCUGGCUUUAUUUUAAACAAGUUAUCAAAUGGGUUAAUGAAUAAUGAUUCAACCAAUGAUAUAUUGAUAAAAGAUUCAAUUUUGUGCACAUUUCAAUUAUCAGCUAGUUCGAUUGCAGACAAUGUUGAUUUUGAUAAGCUCUUACAAGAUAUCCUCAUCCCCGAAGGCUUAAGAAAUGAUCUGAUGGAUUGUAAGGUUUUAAAAAGAAGAAUCUGCUUAAUUAUAAGCGAAUGGGCAUUAAUUAAGUGCUCUGCUGAAAGCCGAGUUUCUAUUUAUAAAUUACUUAUUACGCUUUUGCAGCCUGACAAUAAAAUCAAUGAUAAGGUUGUCAAAUUAACAGCAAUACAAACACUCAGAAUUGUUAUUGAUGAUUGGGAUUUCAAUAAGCUCGAUUUCCAACCGUUUUUGCAAGAAUUUGUUGGCCUUUCGAUUAAUAUUUUAACGGAGAUGGAUUUUACUGAAUCGAAAUUGUAUGUUUUAAAUACUUUGGCUAUAUUAAUAGCGAGAUUCAAUCCUUUAAUAGAUCAUAAUACGUUAAUUCGUAUUCUAUCUGUAAUUCCCGAUUAUUGGAAUUCUUCAGAAAGUGAAAAUGAAUCAAUAUUGAAAAAUUCUUUAUUAAGGAUUUUGAAGAAUUUAGUUAUAUCCUUAAAUGAUAACUCGUUCGAAACAUAUUCAAUUGCUAUACCAUUGGUUCGUAAUUGUUGUUCAGAAAAUUCGGACCUUUAUUCGUUGUUGUCUGAAGAUGGCUAUGACUUAUGGUUAGCUCUUUUACAAUACUGUCCAAAUCCUCAAGUCAAUAAUAUCGAGAUAUUGAGAUUGUCUGAACUACUUCAAUAUGGGUUAGUUAACUCGACUGAGAUACUUCCGAUAAUCUUAUCCAUCACUAGAAGUUAUGCGUUAAUUUCACCAGACUUAUUUAGAGGCAAUUUAGGAUUGGAAUUGUUCAGAAUUUUAUCAGGUUAUGUAUCUAAUAUGAGAGAUGAUUCGUUUUCAAUAUUCGUAUCUUUAAUGGACGUUUUGUUUUUGAGGGAGAUUCAGGAUGAAUCCUUUGUUAAUAUCCUUAUUUCCAGUGGACUCUUCAAUGCAAUGUUAAAUUACUCCUUGGAUCCAAAUCAGUCGAUUGUUUCUGCUAACAAGAUGUUUUUAGUCUUCUCCAGAUUGGCGUAUAAGUCUGGCGAAGCCUUCUUACAAAUUUUGGACCAUCUUUCUAUUGAUUUAUCUAGGUUCUUAGAUACUUGGUUAGAGUAUUACAACCGUAAUGGGAAUCCUCGUAAUAAAAAGAUUAACAUAUUAGGGUUAAUUUCGUUAAUUUCUGAUGCCAUCCCAAAAAAGAAUGAAACCGUUUCGCUCAAAUUUGCUGAUAUUACAAAACGAGUGUUGCUAUUCUUAGAAGAGAUUAAUGAAACUGUUGAUGGCAACUGUAUGGCUUAUAAUCAGGAUUUUGUCUAUGAAGACAUCGAUGAGUAUUGUUAUUUGGAUCCUAAUAUCAAACCACAUGGAGAGAAGAUAAGAUACCAGAAUUUACUUAGUGAGAAUGAUCCAGUUUACAAUAUAAAUGUUAGAAAUUUCUUAGUCGAAGUAAUCAACAAAUUAAGGGGAUCACUACAGGAAUCUGAUUUCAAUCAAUUGAUGGCAAUGAAUGAUCAAUAUUCUCUUGAGAGAUUACAAUCUUUAGUACCUAAUUAG